AUGAACGCACCAUCCUUUCGUGUGGAGAGAGGGGCAGAGGGGAAGAUGCUUCUCCAUUACUACUCUGAUAGAAGAGGUCUGUGCCACAUUGUACCAGGGAUCAUUGAAGCUGUGGCCAAGGACUUCUUCGACACUGACGUGACCAUGGACAUCCUUGACGUGAAUCAGGAGGAGGAGAGGACGGGGAAGAAGGAGCACGUAGUGUUUCUGAUUGUGCAAAAGUCACACGGACAGAUGAAAAGGGCAAAGCCAAAGGGAUCACAAGACAGUCAGGACAGCCAGCGAGACCGAGAGACCCCGGAGGCAGCUUUCCUUAGGAUGAAAGAGAAAUAUUUGAGUGUCUCUAUUCAUGCCGUGAAAAAGUCCCGCUGGGAAGUUGUGAGGAACAUAGUCAUGUUCGGAAAAGGGCAUCUCAGGGACACCUUUGAGCCGAUUUAUCCCGAGCGGCUCUGGAUAGAGGCGAAGACUUUCUGCACUGCUUUUCCCUUUCACUUGAUAUUUGAUGAAUCACUGCAGGUCAAACAAGCUGGAGUGAGCCUUCAGAAGUACAUCCUGGGUCUCCAAACCCAGAAGGUUCGAUUAGAUGAGUACUUCUCCAUUGUCCAUCCCCAAGUCACCUUCAACAUUUUCAGCAUCUGCAAAUUUAUCAACAGUCAAUUUGUCCUGAAGGCGCGCAGGGAGAUGUUGCCUGCAGCCUGGAGAAGUCAGCCCGCGCUCAAACUCCGAGGCUAGAUGAUCUGGAUGGAGCCCCUGCGCUGCAUGAUGUACCUGUGCUCCCCCAGGCUCUGCAGCCUGCAGGAGCUGGAGGAGCGCCAGAUGCACCUCUCCGACAUCGCGCCCCACGACCCCACCAGGGACCUUAUCCUCCUCAACCAGCAGCGCCUGGCGGAGAUUGAGCUGUCCAACCAGCUGGAGAGGAAGAAGGAGGAGCUGCGGGUCCUCUCCACGCACUUGGCCGCAGAAAAGAGGAAGACUGAGACCUUGCUGUACGCCAUGCUGCCUGAGCACGUAGCCAACCAGCUGAAGGAGGGCAGGAAGGUCGCCGCAGGAGAAUUUAAAACCUGCACGAUUCUCUUCAGUGACGUGGUGACGUUUACGAACAUCUGUGCUGCCUGCGAACCUAUCCAGAUAGUGAACAUGCUGAAUUCAAUGUACUCCAAGUUCGACAGGUUAACCAGCGUCCAUGAGGUCUACAAGGUGGAAACAAUAGGAGAUGCUUAUAUGGUGGUGGGGGGUGUACCAGUGCCUGUUGGAAGCCAUGCUCAGAGGGUAGCGAACUUUGCCUUGGGGAUGAGGAUUUCUGCAAAAGAAGUGAUGAAUCCUGUUACCAGAGAACCCAUUCAGAUCAGAGUGGGGAUCCACACGGGACCAGUCUUGGCAGGUGUCGUGGGGGACAAGAUGCCGCGGUACUGCUUGUUUGGUGACACUGUGAACACAGCCUCUCGGAUGGAAAGUCAUGGGCUUCCCAGCAAAGUGCAUCUCAGCCCCGAGACCUACAGAGCCCUGGAGAAUCAAGGGUUUGAAAUAACUGAGCGGGGUGAAAUCGAAGUGAAAGGGAAAGGGAAGAUGACUACCUACUUUCUGAUCCGAAACCUGAAGGCCUCAGAGGAUGAGAUCAUGGGGAAACCUCAGGCUCGGCUUGAUUCCGAGGGUAAGCAAGAAAGAGAAGCCUCAUCAAUACUCCUAUUGGAUGUUUUUUCCACUAACAACUUCGGCUCCAUUUACUUCGGACUGGUCGACACUCGAAGGGAGUGCAGUGGAGGGACGGGAACCUGGGGAGGCAGCAGCCAGACCGUGGCCUUCAGCUCAGACGGAGACACGCGGCCUUCCCAGUGGGCCGCUGCCGUCUGGCCUCUGCGCUUUGUUGUGACAGCGAAACAUGAACCCCUCGGCUUCACUUUUCCCCCUGCUCGGUUUAAUGGCGACAAAGAAAAGGAACUUCAUUUCUCAGCCCAAGACUUCUUAAGCUGCGUCUCUUUCUCAUUGUCCCUCGGAGAAUAA